AUGCCCUUCCACAGACCAGUCCGACACAGCCCCGGUCGUAGUGGCGUUGGUAGUGGCGUUAGAAGACACCAUACUCGAAGCCAGCCUGCUUCCCCCCUUUCGCCUCGCGGGCCCGCUACUCCCGCUGCUGCUAUCAAGAAGAAGGUCCGGUUCGUCAAGACUCAGCAGACUCAGGCCAAGGCUGAUACCUCCGCUUCCCGUACCCAGUCUUUCUCAACUCAGCCCGAGAAACUCUCUGAGAAGGUCACUAUCGACAAGGUGCCUCUUUCUCAGGCCGCCGAUGGCGGUAACAUUGUCAAGACUGUCGAGAAGGAUAAGAACCCCGUCGGCUUGACCAUCAAGACCAAUAAUACUGUUGCUUCAUCUUCUGUCGUUCCUCUGAAGCAAGCUGCUUCGACAACCAUCAACACCAACGGCCUUCUCACCCCCCAGCCUUCUCAUGACACCAUCCAGACCGCUCAGAAAGGCGCUCCGGCCAGCCUCCUGGCGAACGGCCUAGGUCAACAGCUCACCCUCUGUGGAAGACGCCCCGGUCAGUCCUUUGAGACACCUCCUGACCCUGCAGUUGUCAUUCUAGACCACUGGUUCCGCGAUACCGCCGACGGUAGCAUCUCUGAGGCUCCCAAGCUCCAGGGCUGUGGCCCCUGGGAGAUUCCUCUGCCUCCUGGCAUGGACCCCGCCAUCCAUGUCAACCCUCACUCGCCAAUCCUGUGCCGUUACCUCGACUGCUGGAUCGUCGGUGCUGUUGGAAUCCCGACAGUGAAGGUUUAUAUCCAUCCCAUCAUGCGAGGCCGGCAUGUGGAGGAGUAUGUCGCCAAGAAGUGGACCGCCUGGAAGAUGAUAUUUGCAUGGGUCGAGCACCUGGAGCAGUACGGCAAGAACGAUGCCCGCGCCCCCAUGGACGUCCUAUCCUUUGUUCAGCACAGAAUCCGCAACGAGGGACGUAUGGCCAAAGAGGCAGCCGUGAGAGCAGUCAGGAAUCGCGAGGACAGUGUCAUGUUUGGAAGCAGAGACAAGUGGAACUUGCCUGCCAUCCGCGGAAGCCCAUCAUCCGUUGACUAUAUGUACCAAUCUGUGCUUGGGAGCGCGAUGAUCGAGGUUCACAAUGACAAGGCUCUCAAGGAGGCUGCCGCUUACCCACCGGGCGACAACAGCAUCGGUCAUAUUCUUGCAGGCUCGAAGUACGUCAACCCGGCCGCCGGUUUCAAGCGUCCUGCCCCUGAGCCCGCCACCAAGGGCGCCCCCGAGCAGUCCAAGGAUUUUAAUCCUCCCGCUGGCGUCAAGCGUUCUGCUCCUCAUCCUGAUGCUGCGCAGCCGGCUGCUAGGCCCGCCCCGAAGCAGCCCUUCGAGGUCAUCGUCGUCGACGACUCUGACGACUCCAGCUCCAGCUCCGACUCGGAGGAUGAGCCCCUGGCUAAGCGCGCUCGCAAGGACCCUCAGCCUAAGCGUGCCACCAAGCCCACCGCCGAGAAGACUGAGACCGAGACGAAGCCUCGUCGCAGAGGCAGACCCGUUGGCAGCAAGAACAAGACCACUGCCAAGAAGGCUGACAAGACUGAGGCCAAGACCUCUGGCAAGGAGACUGAGAAGGCUGUCGACGCGGAGGGUGGCGAGACUGGUGUCAAGGGCCAUGGCAUGGAGAACAAGAAGGUCAUCGACAAGAACCUCGACAAGGAUGGUGGAAAGCCCGCCGUCGAUGAUGCUGACAAGCCCGUCCGCAGAAUGAUCCGCAUCAAGGUCCCCGUCAAGGCCGCCGAGAAGCUCGCUGCCAUGGCCGACGCCGAGCGCGAGGCCGAGACUGAGGCUGAGGGCAAGCCUGCCGACAAGUGA